UCAUUUUUCCAUUUUUGUUUGUUAUAAUUGUUUUAUUUUAUUUUUACCUGCACUUACCAGCGAUUUCAUCCGCGCUGAAUUAAAAAACAACGAAGAAAAAUAUGCAGCCUAUAAAGGUCCCAGCGAUAGGGUAGCUUUCCUACAGUAAAGGAAUUUUCAUAGCGGUCCAAUAGUUUCGGAGUCAAUCAAAUCUUUGUAAGAAAUUAGUUUGUUAUAUAUGGAGAGCAAAAUGUCAGAUUCUUCGUCAGAAGAAGACUUAUCACGAUUUCAAGGUGUUGUGGAUAACUCAUUUAUGAAAUCCGUGAAUAAUAAGUCAAAAAUUGGAGUAGUCGAUCAGAAAUUCCGUUCCGAAAGAUAUUUGGAAGAAGCUGGUCACUACAACGAUGUCAAAGUAUCCAAUGAGCUACAGAAGAAGAUUGCUGCUAAAGUAUCAGAAAUUAUUAAUAGAAAUUUAAUAUUUGUUGAAGUGGAAAAUCCUAAAAUUAAGAGAGAGAUAGUUAAAGGCGGAGUUAAACUCUUCAAAGACUCUAAGGACUUGUUGUCUUGUGAAGAUGUCAGAGACUCAACAACAGAAAUACACAAUCAAGUAGCAAGAAAUAUAAAAAGAAGAAAAUGUUUGACAAAUGAAGAAGCAUUAGAUGAAAGAGCCAAAAUAAAGAGUGUGGCGGUCAGCGGAGAACAAGUUCUAUUACAAGACGACACAAAGUAUUGGAAGUCCCGGAGAAAAGAGAAGAUAUUCAAAUACAGGAGAAGCGCAAGUAACGGCAAUGUCUUGAUUGCUGCCGAGUGUACUGACCGAACGUAACUAUUUAUUCAGACAUUGUGCGCACUGUUACUUUCAAGAUAAACAACAAAGAAUAAACACAGCCAGCACAUGCCCAGUAAUAAAUCCUUUUACCUAAAUAUAAAAUAUUUAACUCUGAAUAUUUUUUUUUCGUUUCAAAAUCUGUAGGUUACAUUAUUUUCCCAAUAGUAGCCGAAGCGGGGAUUAUAAGAUUUAGCGUACUAAGAAAUGCUCCGGCGCGUCACUAUGAAUAGCAGAGUCACAACGUUGUGUUGAAUGUUAAAAUGAAAAAUAACAUUAACAUUGUCCCCAUACGGAGGGUUCCAUGUGUGGGGAGUGCACUCGCUUUGGUGCAAAGUUUUAUGUUUAACUGGCACUCACUGCCGUCUCUCCGCCGCGACCAUGCAACAAGAGAUGAGAAAGCGUCGCGCUCAUAGUGACGCGCAACCCAGCGAAGGAAUCUAUCCAUUCUUGUCUAGUAGAACAGCGGCAGGUGCAGUUUCCUAAGCAAAGUUUAGAUGGUCUACAAGCUGUGAACGUUAGAGUCAAAGAGCGCAAGAAAUGGGCGACUAGUUUGUUGUCGACCUUGUGCUUAGUAAGGAGUGGAGUACUGGCGAGCCCGAAGGGUCCAAUAGUCCAAGGUGGUGAAGACUACGUAAUUCGCGUUGGAGCGCCAGCUGCCGGCGUGUAUUAUAGCGUAGGGCUGCUGUUGUUUAAUAAAACUUCAAAUAUGCAAUA